AACAUAUCUCUUUGUUGACGGAUUGUUAUCUGGGAAGAUGUGGUGGUUUUCUUCUUCUCCUUCUAUGUGGCUCUCCGAGCUCUCAUGUUCUUCGUCAGCCGUUAUAGAAUCCACAUCUUCUCUUCCGGUAGCAAUCCAAUGGCUGAGAUUUGUUUUCCUCUCCCCAUGCCCUCAACGUGUUCUCUUCUCCGCCGUAGAUCUUCUGUUCAUCCUCGUCCUCGUCUUCUUCGCUCUUCAGAAGCUCUUUCGCUCAUCUUCUUCCUCUUCUUCUUCCACUAUCAACGGAAGUGUCGAGGUUAGGAAACCUCUUCUCCAAAACCGUGGAAGAAUAAUCCAAACAAGAACAACCGCAUGGUUCAAAACCACUGUCGUAUCCACCGUUUUAUUGUCGUUUUGCUCCGUUGUGCUCUGUGUGUUGGCGUUCACGGGGAAGAGACGGACUCAGAGACCAUGGAACCUCGUAGACCCGAUGUUCUGGCUAAUCCACGCCGUCACAAACGCCGUCAUCGCAGUUCUCGUCCUCCACGAGAAGAGAUUCGCAUCGCCGAGCCAUCCCUUGUCGCUAAGAAUCUACUGGUGUUCAAGCUUCGUCGUCACAACACUCUUCGCCGUCUCCGGGGUCCUCCAAUUACUCUCCGGCGGUGCAAGCUUGAUAGCCGAAGACGUCGCUUCGUUCUUCUCCUUCCCCUUAACCGUCUUUCUGCUCACCGCUUCCGUCAGAGGGACCACAGGCGUUGUUGUCACAAAUGAAGAGAGCAACGGUAAUCAUAAUAAACCAGACGACGCCGUUUCGGAGAAAUCUGACAAUAACAACGUCUCUCUUUACGCAUCCGCUUCGGCUUUCUCAAAGAUGUUUUGGUUAUGGAUGAAUCCUUUACUCAGCAAAGGCUACAAAUCACCGUUGACUCUCGAAGAAGUCCCCACGCUCUCUCCAGAACACAAAGCAGAGAGGCUCGCGCUCGUCUUCGAAUCCAACUGGCCUAAACCGUCUGAAAACUCGAGCCAUCCUGUCCGUACCACACUAAUAAGAUGUUUCUGGAAAGAGAUCCUUUUUACCGCCAUCUUAGCGAUCGUACGUCUUUGCGUCAUGUACGUUGGUCCCGUUCUCAUCCAGAGCUUCGUCGACUUCACCUCAGGCAAGAGAUCAUCGCCUUUGCAAGGGUACUACCUCGUCCUCGUCCUCCUCGUCGCCAAGUUCGUCGAGGUCUUGACGACGCAUCAGUUUAACUUCAACUCUCAGAAGCUCGGGAUGCUUAUACGCUCCACUCUCAUCACUGCAUUGUACAAGAAAGGUUUAAAGCUCACUAGCUCCGCGCGUCAGAACCACGGCGUCGGUCAAAUCGUGAACUACAUGGCUGUCGAUGCACAGCAGCUCUCUGACAUGAUGCUUCAGCUCCACGCAAUCUGGCUUAUGCCCUUACAAGUGACUCUCGCGUUAGUGCUUCUCUACGGAAGCCUAGGCGCGUCUGUUGUCACGGCCAUCGUUGGCCUCACUGGUGUGUUUGUAUUCAUCCUCCUAGGGACUAAGAGAAACAACAGGUACCAGUUCAGCUUGAUGGGAAACAGAGAUUCUCGUAUGAAAGCCACCAACGAGAUGCUUAACUAUAUGCGUGUGAUCAAGUUCCAGGCUUGGGAGAAUCAUUUCAACAAGAGGAUCCUCAACUUCAGGGGAAUGGAGUUUGAUUGGCUCUCUAAGUUUCUUUAUUCGAUAGCCGGAAACAUCAUUGUUCUCUGGAGCACACCGGUGCUCAUCUCUGCUCUCACGUUCGCCACCGCGCUUUUCUUGGGAGUCAAGCUAGACGCUGGGACCGUGUUCACCACCACCACCAUUUUCAAGAUCUUGCAAGAACCUAUCAGGACGUUUCCUCAGUCUAUGAUAUCUCUCUCGCAGGCGAUGAUCUCUCUUGGAAGGCUCGACUCGUACAUGAUGAGCAAAGAGCUGUCUAAAGAGGCCGUGGAGAGAUCCAUAGGGUGUGAUGGUCGUGUCGCCGUGGAGGUUAGAGAUGGAAGUUUCAGUUGGGAUGAUGAGGACAACGUACCCGCGCUUAAAGACAUCAACUUCAAGGUUAACAAAGGAGAGCUCACUGCGAUAGUUGGAACCGUUGGUUCGGGAAAAUCUUCGCUGUUAGCUUCGGUUCUUGGCGAAAUGCACAGGAUCACAGGACAUGUGAGAGUUUGUGGGAGCACAGGUUACGUAGCGCAGACAUCGUGGAUCCAGAACGGGACGGUUCAAGACAACAUCUUGUUUGGUCUUCCGAUGGUUAGAGAGAAGUACAACGAAGUUCUCAGUGUCUGUUGUCUUGAGAAAGAUCUGCAAAUGAUGGAGUUUGGGGAUCAAACUGAGAUUGGUGAACGGGGAAUCAACCUCAGCGGAGGGCAGAAGCAGCGUAUACAGCUCGCACGUGCGGUUUAUCAGGAUUGCGAUGUGUACUUUCUUGAUGAUGUUUUCAGCGCAGUGGAUGCUCAUACAGGUUCAGACAUAUUCAAGAAAUGUGUACGAGGAGCUCUGAAAGGCAAGACAGUCUUGCUAGUAACACAUCAAGUGGACUUCUUACACAACGUUGAUUGCAUUUUGGUGAUGAGAGAAGGGAAGAUUGUAGAAUCAGGAAGAUAUGAUGAAUUAGUCAGCUCCGGUUUGGAUUUUGGGGAACUUGUUGCCGCACAUGAGACAUCUAUGGAGCUAGUUGAAGCCGGUGCAGAGUCUUCAGCAGCAACAACAGUCAUUACAUCGCCAAGACCACCAACGUCUCCCCAUCCAAGCUCACCAAGAACGUCCAUGGAUUCUCCUCACUUAAGUGAUCUCAACGAUGAACACGUCAAGUCGUUUCUCGGCUCUCAGACCGUAGAAGAUGGCUCAAAACUCAUUCAAGAAGAGCAAAGGGAGACCGGGCAGGUUAGCCUGGGAGUUUACAAACAGUAUUGCACCGAGGCAUAUGGCUGGUGGGGAAUCAUCUUUGUGGUGUUCUUCUCUCUAACGUGGCAGGGCUCACUGAUGGCUAGCGAUUACUGGCUCGCAUACGAAACAUCAUCCAAGAAUGCUGUUUCGUUUGACGCCUCUGUUUUUAUUCGUGUCUACGUCAUUAUUGCUCUUGUUUCCAUCGUUUUGGUGAGCUUACGCUCAUAUUACGUCACCCACUUGGGACUCAAGACCGCUCAGAUCUUCUUCCGACAGAUUCUUAACAGUAUCUUACAUGCUCCCAUGUCGUUCUUCGACACCACACCAUCUGGAAGAAUCCUCAGUCGGGCAUCGACUGAUCAGACCAAUGUCGAUAUCUUCAUACCGUUCAUGCUUGGACUUGUGGCCUCAAUGUACACUACUCUGCUGAGCAUUUUCAUAAUUACUUGUCAGUACGCUUGGCCAACUAUAUUCUUUGUGAUACCUCUUGGAUGGCUCAACAUCUGGUACCGGAACUAUUACCUCACAUCUUCCCGUGAACUGACGCGCCUAGACUCGAUAACUAAGGCUCCUGUCAUCCACCAUUUCUCGGAAAGUAUAGCUGGAGUGAUGACAAUCAGAUCAUUCAGGAAACAUGAGUUGUUUAGGCAAGAGAACGUGAAGCGUGUUAACGCCAAUCUUAGGAUGGACUUCCACAACAAUGGUUCAAACGAGUGGCUUGGGUUUCGUCUAGAGCUUAUUGGGAGCUGGGUGCUCUGCAUCUCGGCUCUGUUUAUGGUAAUGUUACCAAGCAACGUAAUCAAACCAGAAAAUGUCGGCUUGUCUCUUUCUUAUGGAUUGUCUUUGAACUCGGUUCUGUUUUGGGCAAUAUAUAUGAGCUGCUUUGUCGAGAACAAGAUGGUUUCCGUUGAAAGGAUCAAACAGUUCACUGAUAUUCCUGCUGAAGCUGAGUGGGUGAGCAAAGAAAACUCCCCACCUUCUAACUGGCCCGUCCAUGGCAAUGUACAUCUCGAAGACCUCAAGGUACGGUACAGACCAAACACUCCACUUGUGCUCAAAGGAAUCACUCUGGACAUCAAAGGAGGAGAGAAAGUCGGUGUGGUUGGACGAACAGGAAGCGGGAAAUCUACGUUGAUCCAAGUCUUGUUCAGGCUUGUAGAACCAUCAGGUGGAAAGAUAGUCAUCGAUGGGAUCGAUAUAUGCACUCUAGGGUUACAUGAUCUCAGGUCAAGAUUCGGAAUCAUUCCACAAGAACCAGUCCUCUUUGAAGGAACCGUAAGGAGCAACAUCGACCCAACAGAUCAAUACACUGAUGAAGAAAUCUGGAAGAGCCUCGAACGAUGCCAACUCAAGGAUGUUGUUGCCACAAAACCUGAGAAGCUCGAUUCGUUGGUGGUUGAUAGUGGAGAGAACUGGAGCGUAGGACAAAGACAGCUUCUGUGUUUAGGCAGGGUUAUGUUGAAACGAAGCAGACUUCUAUUCCUAGACGAAGCGACAGCAUCUGUAGAUUCACAAACCGAUGCCGUGAUUCAGAAGAUUAUCAGAGAAGACUUUGAGUCAUGUACUAUAAUCAGCAUAGCUCACAGGAUUCCAACGGUGAUGGACUGUGAUCGAGUCUUGGUCAUAGACGCAGGUAAAGCAAAAGAGUUUGAUAGCCCGGCUCGUUUGCUUGAGAAGCAGUCUAUAUUUGCGGCGCUGGUGCAAGAAUACGCUCUCAGAUCUGCUGGAAUAUGAAAAUUUAAAAGGUUGCCUGAAUAUUUUAAGAUCUUUUUUUUUUAACUGACAGAGAAAAUGUCGAGUUUGUUUAUUGUGCAAUUUGAUUUUUAUGGUGUAAUUGAAUUAAACAAUUAAAAUAAAUUAGUCCCCUAAACAUUAUUUAUAAACUGA